AUGCAACCAGAAAUACAACUGACCUCACAUGAAAUCCUAUCCAUCAAUGCUAGGGAUGACGUACCGUCUCCAAUUCUUCAGCUUUUGUCUUUUGAAAAUUUGACAGACAGUGAAGAUGUCAGUUCUCAAUAUAGGAUUGUUUUGUUUGAUGGCACGCACAUGCAACUGUCGAUCCUGUCGCCAAAGUAUAGUGACCUGUUGCUAUCAAAUACGUUAAAGAUAGGUUCUAUGCUAUCGAUGGCGUCUUUUGCUUGUAGAAAUGUUUGGAACACAAGGGUUAUCAUAAUAUUCAACCUUGCUAUCAAAUUUACAAAUUUAGCAUUGUUUGGAAAACCCAGAUACCUAUUUAAAGAGCAAGAACAACAAAUGUUAGGUAGAGACACGUCUCCCACAUCUAAAUGUUCCCUUAAAUUUGGAAUACACAUGCCAUCUGUGCAACACGAAACCUCUGAUAAUAUCAGCCCAUUAAAAGCCUUGAACCCCUUUCAAAAUAAAUGGUCAAUAAAAGGCCGUGUCACAAACAAGAGGAAGAUGCAUCACUAUAGUUCACCAAAAUCCUCUAGGCGAGUAUUUAGCUUUGACAUGAUAGAUGUUGAAGGUACCGAGAUAAGAAUUACUUGCUUUGGCGAUAUAGCAGAGAUGCAUUAUCAUAGGGUUGAAGCAAGAGCAAAUUAUUGUCUGUCAAAAGGUACCAUUAGGGAGGCCAAGACAAAAUGGAAUAAACUUAACAAUCAUCUUGAGAUUACUUUGGACCACAAUUCAAUAUUGAAGCGUUGUGAUGCAGCUGUUAAUGGUGAAGUAAAUGCUUCACGGUUUACCUCGAUCAAUGAAAUCAUGUAUUGCAGCAACAACACUUUGGUUGAUGUUAUUGGGUUAGGUGAAGAUUUGAAGAAUAUGCAUGCAACCCAAAUAGUUGUGGUCCUUGCGGUCAACAAUGCUCAUGUUGGUUAUUUCAAUGGAAAGAUCAUGCUUCAAGACCAUACAGACUCUCUUUGGGCUACUGCCUUUGAUGAAAUUGGGAAAAAUCUGUUGAACAUAUCUGCCAAGGACCUUUACAUGUUGCAAUAUGAUUUGACUACAGCCAGAACCCCUCAGUCAAUUAUCAAGGAUGUAGUCUUAUUGUCCUUCAUUUUCACACUCUCUAUUACAAUAGACAUGUACAAUUCACACACAAGGAUCAAAGCGACAAUCACCAAAGCAACGACUAUUGAUUUCCAGGUUGAAUGUGCUCUUUUGCUUGCAGACAUUGCUCGGAUGAGUGCAGUUGUAGAAAUCCAAACCAAUUAG